AUGACGGAGGUCGUCAUGGGGGAGGACGUCGCCGGGAACGGGGACUUCGUGGAAGAGGACGACGUGCCGAUGUCCGAGCCGGGCCCGGACGCCGCGCCCGAGGCCGCGCAGGGGCCCGCCCCGCAACCUGGUGGUGACCCGUCGCUUCCGCGCUCUCCUGACCCGGGCCGGCCACAGGACGCCCUCGGGGCGGGCGCCGCGCAGGGAGCGUCGAAGGCGUCGUCGCGCCGCUCGGUCGCGCCCGCGACGGACGCGUCGACCGCGGCAGACGGCGCGGCGAAGGCCGGGGGAGGCGCACUGCCGCAACGUGAAGCGGGCGCGCCGCAGAAGCGACGGUCCAGGCGGCCGUCGCAGGGCUCGCGGGCGUCGUCCCAGACUGGGGGCUUCGGCAGGGCGGAGGCGGCGCCCCCGGAGAGGGCGGUGUCGCCGCCGCGCGCGAGCCCAGGACAGGCCACGGACUCGCGGCACGAGCCCGGGCCGAGCGUGUCGGGGGCGCCGACGCAGCGCACGGUGCGCGUGCACGACGACGACGGGGACGACGGCGACUCGCAGCCGUUCGACGACGGCGUCCUGCUCCCGGACGCGGCGUUCGAGCCGGCGGGGCCGCGCCUGCGGGCGUCCACGGGCGGGGCGCCGUCGCUCCCGGCCGUGCGCGGCGCCUCGGCGCGGGAGGCCGCCGACACGCCGGGCAAGCACCGCGCGGCGCCGAUGCGGUCGUCCUACGACUCGAAAAUGGAGCACAGGUUCGGGGUGCUGCGCGCGCAGGAGCUCCGCCAGGAGGCCGAGCACAGGCGCCUCGAGAAGGCGGAGAAGGAGCGCGAGAAGAUCGAGGAGAUGCACCGGUGGCUGGAGCAGCGCGAGGUGGAGCGGCGCGCGCAGAUGGAGCAGCGGCAGCAGGAGCGGCAGCGGCGGCUCGAGGACCGGCUGCUGCAGCAGGAGCGGCAGCGGCAGGAGCGCAUGGAGCGGUUCCGGACCCUGGAGGCGUCGCGCGUGCAGUCGCAGGCCUACACGUUCCAGCGCAUGGAGCACGAGUUCGCCGAGCAGGAGAGGCGGCGCGCGGAGGAGCUGCUGUGGAAGCGCAAGGCGCAGCGGAAGGAGCCGAUGGACUGGAACGCGAUCCGCGCGCACGAGGUCGUGGUCAGCGGGCGGCAGUCGGGCGGCAGCGGCACGGAGGGCGGCUCCCCGCGCGUGGGCGGGGACUCCGGGCCGCUGCGGCGCGGGUACCGGAGCCGCGUGAUGGAGCGCGUGCGGCGCGAGGAGCUGGUGAAGAAGCGCGAGGAGGAGGAGGAGCGGCGGCGGCGCGAGGAGCUGAUCGAGAAGCGCAAGCGGUACGGCAAGGUGGUGCGCGACGUGUUCCUGCCCAAGGCGGACGAGGCGCUGGUGGCGGAGCGUGUGCGGCGCGUGGAGAAGAUCCACGAGACGGACCGCGUGCGCGAGAAGAUCGCGCGGCUGAAGGCGCCGAUGAAGACCGAGGUCAGCAUCGCCGCCAUCUUCAAGGACCGCACCAGCCCCCGGCGGAGCGCGGCGGCGAGCGCGGCCGAGAGAAUGGGCGUGUGA